CAGGAGAAAUGUCUGCGGGUGGAAUUCUUCACGAUCGAGGGGCGACCCUAGUUCAAGUCCUACCAGCUGCGGACAAUGUGACGUGGGAAGAGGGGCCUUUCAACUUCACUAAUUACAUAAGUUUCGGGACUCUCGGAUGGUGUACGGUAUGGCAAGAAUCGCAACACUGGCUGUUUCAAGUGGCGAACACCUGUUUUCUCGUCUCCUAUGCUGUCCCGACAAAUCGUUAUGGCAUCGUUUUCAUGCACUCUCUUCUCAUAGUUGGUUUUAUGUUCUUCACAACGUGGGCGUGGAAAAUUGUCUGUGCUCCGGAUGUUUUCACUUGGAAUCUUUGCUUCCUAUCGAUUAACGCGUUCCAGCUGAUUUAUGUUAUAUAUCAAAUGCGGCCAGUGCAAUUCGAUCCUGAGCUGGAGGAAGUAUUUCAGCUUCUUUUCAAGCCAUUUAAGGUAACGAGGCUUCAGUUCAAAAAGCUCGUAAGUGAACAGUUUGCUCAGAUAAUGUCUCUGCACGCUGGAGAAGCGUACGCCAUGCAAAACCUGACGAAAACCGACAGGUUAGGUUUGCUGCUAAGCGGGAAGGUGAACGUGAUGCAAGACCAGCAAUUCUUACACCCAAUCAACGCUUGUGAGUUUCUAGACUCGCCUGAAUUCGAAAGCAGGGCCAGCUCUGAAGACAAAUUUAAAGUAUCAAUCGUCGCUGCAACAACCUGUCGCUACCUGUAUUGGCAGCGCUCCGCCUUAGAAUAUUUAUUUAUAAAAGAGACUUAUUUGGCGACUGUGUUGGCCACGCUGGUAGCUCGGGAUAUCACCACCAAGUUAUACGCAAUGAAUAAUAAGAUCAUCACCGAAAAAGGUUCUCACUUAGAUAUUCGGUUGCCUAGCAUCACUUCUACCCUAUCAGCCAAUAGAGACGCCGCCUCACGCGCGCUGAAGAAGCACAAUGUCAUCCUGAAUACCAAUACGCACACUUCAUCCCCAAAUUCAACCAAUGACAGCAGAGAAUUAUUGAUCAAGAAGAGCGACUUCGUUCCGAAUGGGAAGGUGGUGGAGAUGACGCCGGUGAAGGAAGUCGCGUCCUUUGACGACAUAAAGUCCUCCCACGGCUCGGAGAUAGAUACUUGGCUUGACGCCAGCUCAAAAUUCAAUAGCUGCGAACUUAUCGAAACCUGAGCCUCUUGUGAAAUGGCGGACCCUGUUAUAUCUGUUGAGUCUUGCACGAGUUAAGGUUCCUCGUACAUGAAAUGAGUUGAAGAAUUAGGAAACGAAGAAGGAAAACAAAGAAUAAAACGAUGUAACAGAAAAAUAAAUAAGAAGAA